ACAUUCUAAUUUUUUGAACCAAUUUCAUCCUAAGAUAGUAACUUCCAAUUUGAUUCCCCAAUCCCAAAUCCAAAAUACUCUUCAACAAGAAAAAAUUGUGAAUUUUUUUUUUAAUUUUUUGUUGAAAUAUGCCUAGCAAAUUAAGAAAAGCUCUUGGAGCUGUAAAGGAUACAACUAGCAUUAGUCUUGCAAAAGUUUAUACUAAUAAUUCAUCUAAGACUAAUCUUGAAGUUUUAAUCCUGAAAGCUACAAGACAUGAUGAAGCACCGAUCGAUGAACGUUAUGUUAAGGAAAUACUCGACCAAAUAGCGUCCGGUAAGCCUCACGCGGUGUCUUGUGCACGAAUCAUUGGCCGGAGAAUCGGCAAGACUCGGAAUUGGAUUGUUGCACUUAAGUCUCUUAUGCUUGUUCUCAGGAUUUUUCAGGAUGGUGAUCCUUAUUUCCCUAGAGAAGUUCUUCAUGCUAAAAAACGCGGUGGUAAGAUUCUGAAUCUUUCGACGUUUCGCGACGAUUCGCAUUCGAGCCCGUGGGACUAUACUGCAUUUGUCAGGACUUUCGCUCUUUAUCUCGACGAACGAUUAGAAUGUUUCCUGACAGGAAAGCUUCAGAGAAGAUUCACUAAUAAGAACAGGGAAAAUAAUCAUCAUAGAACCCGAAGCGGAACAGAUCCUGUUUGCGAAAUGAAGCCGACAUUGUUGCUCGACAAGAUUGCAUUCUGGCAGAAAUUGCUUGAUAGGGCUGUCGCUACAAGACCAACUGGUGCAGCCAAAGCAAACAAGCUGGUUCAAGUCUGUUUAUACGCUAUAGUACAGGAGAGUUUCGAUCUAUACCGUGAUGUUUCCGACGGUCUUGCGCUAGUUCUUGAUAGUUUCUUUCAUUUGCAUUAUCAAUCUUGCGUAAGCGCAUUUCAAUGUUGCGUAAAAGCAACGAAACAAUUCCAAGAACUCUGCACGUUCUACGACUUGUGUAAAAGUCUCGGUGUGGGAAGAACUUCCGAGUACCCGAGCGUGCAGAAAAUAUCCGAAGAGCUUGUCGAAACAUUACAAGAAUUUCUAAAAGAUCAAGCUUCGUUCCCUUGCCAUGCUAAAUCAACCAUACAAUUGUUACUUCCGCCUCCACCUGCAGAUUCGACCUCCGAAAGGUAUGAUACUUGUGAGGUAUAUUCAGGGAGCGUUUCGGAGAAAGGAUCUGAAUUCAGCUCGCGACGGACUUCAUUAGAGGAUCUUAUGAGUGUUACAGACAUGGGAACAAGUUCUUGUACAUCAAUGGAUCAAGACAUUAUUAGUAUCACUGAUUCGGGUUCAUCUUCUUCGGUUUCUCCCCCGCUGCCUAUGAGUUCAUCGAAUAGCAUGGGAGAUCUUGUUUCGUUGGGAGACUGGCCGCCCGAAGAUCAAAAAGACGAAAAGGAACAACAAUACGAACAGAAUAAUCCAGAAUCUGAUUCAAUCACAGGGUGGGAGAUUGUGUUAGUAGAAACCGCUGCAAGCCAACCUCUCCACCCGUCAUUAAACGAAAUCUUGGAAAUUCCGUUUGAUAAUAAUCAAGAAUCGACGAUUCCGAAUCAAGAUUCAUCAGAGCAUCAUUACAAUCCGUUUCUACAGGAUACAAUUGAAAUGCCGAUGAUCGCAGGAACGACAUACGAUCAACGAGUACAUCCGAUAGAUGAAGCGUUCGCCAUAGUUCCAGCAUUUCAGGAUGCAGCCCCGACAUUUAGUGCGCAGAAUCCUGACGGGGCGUUUGCAUUUGCUGAUGAAGAUGACCCUUUUGCACCGUGCCCUGUUACCAUGACUAAUGUGCAUGGUUCUAAUGGUUUCGUUGAUCAACAGAUUAUAUUGCAGGAGCAACAACUUUGGCUGCAAAAUCAAGACAAGAUUAUAGCAAAAAAUAUUGCAUGAUUUUUGAUACAUCUGUAAAUUUUGUAAUUAAUAUUCAGUUUAUGUGAAAUUUUCCUUAAUUAAGUGUAAUUAAAAUUUUUAAA